AUGGAUGAGCGAUAAGAUAUCGAAAUUUUCAAGUAAUCCUAUGUAUUCGAAUUACUCUGUUCAUUUCGUUUCGUGCCGUAUUGUAACUAAUAUUUUUCUACAUUCUCUACACCUUCUGCGCCAGUGUGUGUAAAGGUGAUAUUUAUUAAGUUCAACUUUAUUUUAAUAUCAAAAUCAUUUCGUAUUCAAAUCAAACUUCCAAGUUCAACAAUGGAGUUCUCUGUGGUAUCAUGUUUGAUUUUGAGUUUCGUUUUCUUCUGCUCGACCGGCGUCGAUGCCCAAACACAAGGAAAAUUGAAUUGCAAAGUACCAAAAGUCCAAAUGCCUACCGAUUGGAUUACGAUGACCGACCCUUGUACUAAGUUGAUGAAGGCUCAAAUACAAGAAGAAUUAACAGCAGCGAUGACGUAUUUAGCAAUGGGGGCACAUUUUUCCAAAGAUACCGUCAACAGACCCGGAUUUGCCAAGUUUUUCUUCGAUAGCGCAUCCGAAGAGCGAGAACAUGCUUUAAAAUUGAUCGAAUAUUUGUUGAUGCGAGGAGGUUUAACUCAAGAUAUCAGUCAAUUGAUCAGAGAUCCGCUUCCAUUGUCGGAUACCUGGGCUGACGCUGUUAGCGCUUUGAAAGAUGCUUUGAGCCUGGAAUCUAGCGUGACUCGUAAAUUACGUGAUAUCGCCUCAAUUUGCGAAGCCCCUGGUCAAGAAGCUGCGAACUUCAACGAUUACCAUCUUGUCGACUGGUUGACCGCUGAAUACUUAGAUGAACAGUACAAGGGACAGAGAGAUUUGGCCGGCAAGAUUUCAGAUGUUGGAAAAAUGAUGAUUACUCACGGACCUCUUGGAGAAUUUCUUUAUGAUAAAAAAUUACUUACCGGAGAACCCAUUUCUUUCUAAAAAUCGUGGCCGUUUUUUUAAUCGUAUUGUAGAUACUUUACCAAUUUUCUUUUUCUAUUCGUGAUAUGGAAAACUAGUUUUAGAUUUGAAUACUUAAUGAUUAUAUAUAAUGAGUACCUGUUAUAUUACGUUUAUCUUUCAAAAGUAUAUACUUAUAGUCUUUUUCGAUGCCAUGUUUUUGUAAUGAUCAAAGUCAAAUUAUAUUUGUGAAAUUUUUA